GGAAGUCUCUGCAUCACUUUUUAUGACCUAACCUUGGAGGUUCGGUUCCCUUGGAAUACAUGAGAAAGUCAUUACUUCCUCUGCAUUGCUAUAGGUUACAAACGAGUCACUAAGUUUAGCCCAGAUUCGAGGGGAAGCUACAUAGAUAGACCUCACCUCUCAAUGGAAGGAGUGUCAAAGAACUUCUGGAUGUGUCUGAAAACUGCUACAGGGGUUGUCCUGUCCUGGGUCAUAGCAGUAGGUGUAGCAAGCAACCAGUCCAGAAGAGGCCAGAAGGCUCUAGGAAGGGUUGACUUGUGGGGGUGACACUGAUAAGAGUCCCUGAUACAUCUGGACAUCUUGGAAAGAGAUUUGUAGGGUAGUGGAAAGAGAUUAAAUUAUUGAUAAGUACAUACCAAACAAAAUAAUUGGUUGAUUAACUUUCGGAAAAACAAAAAUUGUGUAAGGGAGAAUUUCAUGCUCAACUGUGAAUAGCAUUUACAUAGCAACAAUAAGGUAAACAUUACUGAUCUAACCAUGAGUAUGAUGUAAUUUACAUCGGGAAGAUGAGGGAUAAGAAGGGCAUGGCAUGCGGUGAGCUGGUUAAGGGUGAGGAAAGAGAGAAUAUCCGUAUCACCCAUCCAUAAUUAAUGCCUAAAACUGAAAAAAAAAUUAGCAUGCCGUCUGGAGCCAUGGAACUUAAUUCCAAAAUAAUCAGCUAAAGGAGGAAAAAGUGUUUGUGAUUGGGUGUGGGAAAUGGCAGGGGUAGAGGCAGGGGAAGAGGGCAGGAUUUCUAUUUUCGAAAUUCUGUAGAACUCUUUGCCUCUUUAAACUAUGUGGCUGUCCAACUUUGAUGAAAAUAACUUAAAAAGAAAACUUUCUACCAAAAUAAAUGCCAUGCCCAGAUCAUUUUACAGGUAUACACCAUCAAACAUUCAAGCUAAUCCUGAUCUUAUAUGAACUGUCAGAGACUACAAAAAGAAGGAACAUACCCUCAUUCUUAGGUAAUGAGCCUGCUAUGGUCUGAAUGUUUGUGUCCCUCCAAAAUUCAUAUGUUGAAAUCCUAACCCUCAAAGAUGAUGGUAUUAGAAGGUGGGGCCUUGGGGAGGUGCUUAGGUCGUGAGGGUGAAACCUUCGUGAGUGGGAUUAGUGCCUUUCUGAAGAGGCUCUAGAGAGAUCCCUUGCCUCUUCUGCCACUUGAGGACACAGUGAGAAGGUGCCAGCUGUGAAUGGAAGAGGGCCCUCACCAAAACACAACCAUGUUGGCAUCUUGAUCUUGGACUGUCCAGCCUCCAGAACUGUGAGAAAUACAUUCCUGUUGUUCGUAAGUCACCCAGUUUUAUGUUAUUUUGGACUAAGAGCCUAAUGUUACCUUGACACCAAAGCGAAAUAAGGAGCUAUGACAAUGAAAGCCAUAAGCCAGUCUUGCUUAAGAACAUAAGCCCAGGAGGAUGAUGGCUGCCAUGGCUGUGGCUGUUCGCGAGGACUCGGGAUCUGGGAUGAAGGCGGAGCUUGUUCCUCGGCCUGGGGCAGCGGGGAGGGAGAUGACCCACGAAGAAAAGCUGCAGCUUCGGAAGGAAAGGAAACAGCAGAAGAAGAAACGGAAGGAGGAAAAGGGGGCAGAACCAGAAACUGGCUCUGCUGUAUCUGCGGCCCAGUGUCAAGGCCCGACCCAAGACCUGCCUGGACUGGACAGUCAGUUGGGCAGUGCCAAGGAGGAAGUCCCAGCAGGUCAGAGUAAGGCUGAACUUCGAGCUGAAAGGCGGGCCAAGCAGGAGGCUGAGCGGGCCCUGAAGCAGGCGAGAAAAGGGGACCAAGGAGGGCCUCCUCCUCAGGCCUGCCCCAGGACAGCUGGAGAAGCCUCCUCAGGAGUGAAGCAUCUACCUGAGCAUAGUCAGGUUGAUGACUCCACACUUGUGAGGAGGCUUGUUAAAAAACCAGAACGACAGGAGGUUCCUACACGAAAGGAUUAUGGAUCCAAAGUCAGUCUCUUCUCCCACCUACCCCAGUACAGCAGACAAAACUCUCUGACCCAGUUUAUGAGCAUUCCAUCCUCUGUGAUCCACCCAGCCAUGGUGCGACUCGGCCUGCAGUACUCCCAGGGCCUGGGCAGUGGCUCCAAUGCCCGGUGCAUUGCCCUGCUUCGUGCCUUGCAGCAGGUGAUUCAGGAUUACACCACACCUCCCAGUGAAGAACUGUCAAGGGACCUAGUGAAUAAACCAAAGCCAGCUGUCAUGUCAGCGAGCAUGUACAGCACCAUCAAGUUCCUUAACAAGGAGAUCACGGGUGUGAGCAGCUCCAAGCGGGAAGAGGAGGCCAAGUCAGAACUUCGAGCAGCCAUUGAUCGAUAUGUGCAAGAGAAGAUUGAGCUUGCAGCUCAGGCAAUCUCACGCUUUGCUUAUGAGAAGAUCAGUAAUGGAGAUGUGAUCCUGGUAUAUGAAUGCUCAUCUCUGGUAUCACGAAUUCUUCAGGAGGCUUGGGCUAAGGGCCAGCGGUUUCGGGUGGUAGUGGUGGACAGCUGGCCACGGCUGGAGGGAAAGCACACGCUACAUUCUCUGGUCCAUACUGGGGUCCCUGCCUCCUACCUGCUGAUUCCUGCAGCUUCCUUUGUGCUCCCAGAGGUUUCUAAGGCGCUGUUGGGAGCUCAUGCACUCCUGGCCAAUGGGUCUGUGAUGUCACAGGUAGGGACAGCACAGCUGGCCCUGGUGGCACGGGCCCAUAAUGUGCCAGUGCUGGUCUGCUGUGAAACAUACAAGUUUUGUGAGCGUGUGCAGACUGGUGCCUUUGUCUCUAAUGAGCUAGAUGACCCUGACGAUCUGCUGCGGGAGCGAGGAGAACGUGUGGCCCUGGCUGAUUGGCAGAACCACUCGUCCCUACGGUUGUUGAAUCUGGUCUAUGAUGUGACCCCACCAGAACUGGUGGAUCUGGUGAUCACGGAGCUGGGCAUGAUCCCUUGCAGUUCUGUAUCUGUUGUGCUGCGAGUCAAGAGUAGUGACCAGUGAGUGGGGGAACCCAGGGUCAAUAAAUGACAUACUCCCUACACUUAAAAAAAAAAAAAAAAAAAGAAAGAAAGAAAACAUAAGCCCAGUCUCAUCC